UUCUCAACUCACCAAAAGAACAUUUGGAGUCGCAGUAUAGGACUAGAUGCUCCCUCAGAAGAUUAAAAAAUAAAAAAUAAAAGGAAAGAGCCAGAGCUGAUGAUUAAGGCCUGUAAGAAAGAUUCACUGAACUGAGUGAAUAACCUCACUGACACUGGUCGAGUUUUGCAGAUCAGGCUUGAAACCCAUCAAACCAUCUGAACCAUGAAGCUUCCUGGGACAAUCAUUCUUGCAGCAGCCACUGAAGACUUUAACAGUUCCCUGCUGUUUCCACUACCAGGAAAUGCAACAGAUGCACCAGAGUCGGUGUCCACGUCGUCGGCUUCCCAGACCUAUGGUGGUGGGAGUCGUUGCUUCAUAUGUGCAGACAGAGCCACGGGUAAACACUACGGCGCGCCCAGCUGCGAUGGCUGCAAGGGAUUCUUCAGGAGAAGCAUUCGCAGCAACCAAACAUACAACUGCAGGUUCAACCGACAAUGUGUUGUGGACAAAGACAAAAGGAACCAGUGUCGUUACUGCAGACUGCGGAAAUGUUUCAAGGCUGGAAUGAGAAAGGAAGCUGUUCAGAAUGAGAGAGACUGCAUCAACCCCCACAGAGCCAAGGGACAACUGGUAGGAACUCUGUCCAUCAACGUGUUGCUGCAGGCGGAGAACAGCGUGCAACAGAGUCGUGAUAUCGGCGCCAAGAAAACAGCCCGUGUGGGAGACGUGUUUGAAUCAAUGAAGCAACAGCUCCUCCUGCUGGUGGAAUGGGCCAAACAUAUCCCAGAGUUUUGCAGCCUUCACAUAGAUGACAGGGUGACUCUUCUGCGAACCCAUUCGGCUGAACAUCUGAUUCUGGGGGCAGCAAGACGUUCGCUACCUUAUAAUGACGUCAUUCUUUUAGGCAACGACUUUGUGAUCUUCCUGAGAGGAGCGGAGUUGGAAGUGUCCAGAGUGGCUAUCAGAAUCCAGGAGGAGCUCGUCAAGCCUCUCAGGGAACUGGACAUUACAGACAAAGAGUUUGCUUGCCUCAGAGCCAUAGUUUUCUUUGCCCCAGCAGACUGUCCAGGCCUGGAGCACCCUCAGCUGAUCCGAUACUUGCGUCUCCAGGCCCACGUUCUACUAGAGGAAGCGACGUGUGAUCAGAGAGGAAGGUUAGGAGAACUUCUGCUGAUUCUUCCUGCUCUGCAGAGCGUUUCCUGGCAGAUGGUGGAAACGCUCCAUUUGGCAAAGCUGCUCGGCGAAGCCAGACUGGACAGCUUGCUCCAGGAGAUGCUGCUUGGAGAGGGAACAGCAACGACCCAAGGGCAGGGUGCCGGCAGUAUCCUGAACUGUGAGCGUCAGAAUGACCUCCGACCUUCUCCUGCCACCUUCACCUCUGAGCUCCCAUGCUUCCACUAG